UUUACCAUAUCUGCAGAUAAAGAGCAAAUUAAAGCAGAAAAUUCAAAUAUCACUGCCAUGAUGUACUUUAUUCUGUUGGGGUUUUCUGAUACUCCCAAUCUCCAGCGGAUUCUGUUUGGUGUAUUUUUACUCAUAUAUUUGAGUGUCUUGGUGUGCAAUAGCAUCAUAAUACUAAUUACAAAAAUUGAUCCUGAUCUCUACACACCCAUGUAUUUUUUCCUGGGCAAUUUUUCCUUUUUGGAAGUUUGUUAUGUAACAGUAACUAUCCCAAGAAUGCUCAUGGACCUUUGGAUUCAAAAAGGACAUAUCUCUUUCCUUGCCUGUGCUGUACAGAUGGGUUUUUUCCUUAUGCUUGGAGGCACAGAGUGUAUCCUCCUGACAGUGAUGGCCUAUGACCGCUACGUGGCCAUUUGUAACCCUCUCCAUUAUGCUCUAGUGAUGAACCACAAGGUCUGUAUUCAGCUGGUGGCUGCCUCCUGGAUCAGUACAGUUCCAGCUGUCAUUGGGCAAACAUGGCUGAUUUUCUCUUUGCCUUUUUGUGCAUCUCACAUGAUCAAUCACUUCUUCUGUGAUAUCCCACCCAUACUCAAGCUUGCUUGUGGUAACAAAUUUGUGACCGAAACAGCAGUCUUUGUAGUUACAGGUUCCGUGGUGUUUAUCAUGAUUCCAUUUCUGUUGAUUGUUGUCUCUUAUGGCAAAAUUAUCUGCAACAUUCUGAAAUUGUCAUCAGCCAGAGGGAGGUCUAAAGCUUUCUCCACCUGCUCUUCUCACCUGACAGUUGUGGUGUUAUUCUAUGGAACAGGUAUCAUUACUUAUUUACAACCCAAACCAAAUCAGUCUGAAAGAAUGGGGAAGCUAAUCUCUCUUUUCUACACUGUUUUGAUCCCAACUUUGAACCCAAUCAUAUAUACUUUGAGGAACAAAGAUAUCAUGAAGGCAGUGAGAAAACUACUAGCUAAAUUAUUAGCAUAA